AUGCGCUCCAUUUCAUUCUUCUCUGUUAUUCUUGCCUUCGCUCAGAAUGCCCUCGCUGCUAAUCAGUUCAUAACCCCGCCACCUAUGGAAACAAAUGAGGAUCUCAGACAGAACCCAAAGUACAUAAUCGGCAACGAGGUUGUUUUUCGGUGGGACACGGAUUAUGAGCAGGUCAACCUCUAUUUAUGGUACUCCGACCCCAAUAGGUCCUCCACAUCUAACCAGCUACUUCGGGCAAAUGUGUCCAGCAGAACUUUUUCAUGGACACCCAACCUUGACGGGUUCCCUGCACUGUCUUCGUCCGCGAACAAUGUCUUCUCUUUGUAUUUUCACGAUUCAAAGUAUAUCAGCGGCAACCAGACUCACACUUUCUCCCAUCAAUUCAACGUCACAGAGGCGGCGGCUGCAUCGGUGACCCCUGCAGGGCUCAGCGCGGGCGCUGCGGCGGGAAUAGCGGUGGGAGCCACACUGGGCACAAUAUUGGUCGUUUGCCUCGGAGUGUUCAUGGCGUGGAGACUACGCCAAAAGAGACAGCGCCUCGGCGGCCAGCACAGCGGUACUUGGGAUAACAUCUCACCAGCGCAAGCCGUAGUGCCUGUCCAGGCCGAACAUUACACGGAGUGGAAGCCAUCUACUCAAGCGCUGCCUGCUGAACUCGGUGGUAACGGGCAUAACGCAUAUGCCGAGCUUAGCAUAGUGAGGUCCUGA